AUGGACCAGGAAGAAGAAAGGGGUGAGGGGGGCGCAGACCUUCUGGACAAGGCAGGUUCACCGGACCAGGAAGGCUUCUUCAACCUGCUGAGCCACGUGCAGGGCGAUCGGAUGGAGGAGCAGCGCUGUUCCCUGCAGACUGGUCCAGGCCAGACCCCAGAAAGCCAGGGUGGCUCUGCUCCAGAGAUGGACAACCUCAUGGAUAUGCUGGCAGACACCCAGGGCCGCCGCAUGGACGACCAGCGGGUAACAGUCAAUUCCCUGCCUGGCUUCCAACCUAUCGGUCCCAAGGAUGGAAUGCAGAAACGACCUGGGACUCUCAGCCCUCAACCCCUGCUCACCCCUCAGGACCCUGCUGCACUUGGCUUCCGCAGGAACAGCAGCCCCCAACCCCAGACACAAGCUCCUUGA